AUGCCAAAGUCCUCAAGAGAAGGCUGCAUAGUGGAAAGGAUGGUUAUCCAAAGGAAUCUAAAUCCUAAAGGAGCAAACAGAAUGCAGCAGGUGCAACACAAGAAGAUGUUGUACACUUUUAGCAAGCCCCUUACCUUCCCAGAUUGUUGUGAAUCUCCUGGUCCUGAAAGACCCCAUAAGUGUUAUCAGUGCAAAAGAAGGUUUAAAUCAGAAUAAAGUCUCGAAACACAUGAUUAUGUUGUUGCAUAAUUCUUGGGAGGAGAUCGGAGGGGCAAAAGUGUGUUCAGGUUUUUUGAAAGUUGGAUUCCACCAUAUUGAAUUUAAAUAUUCAGAGUUUGGCACAUGGUAUGAUUUAUAAGUGAGUUUAUUUGGCCUGUACUAAAAUCAUAUUCAAGGUAUUCAAGUGAACACUUGACACCUCCUUGACACCAUGUCACACAGCGUGGAAUGCUUUCAUGAAUAAAUACAAAGGUACAUAUCUGAGAAUUAGUCUUGCACUUUUUUUCUGUUUUUUUUGUUUUUUCGAGAUGUGAGCUUGGGAUGCCUGUGGUCUACCACAUCUUUGACCCAAAAUUCCCAUGUGCUUAAUAAAAUAAUUAGUGUGGCACAUCGGUAAAUGUUGUUUUCCUCUCGUUUGAUGUUAGUUUUGGAUCUGCUUCCAUCUAGAGUUCUACUCAUAGUACUAACAUGUUUCAUCAUUUUAGAACAACUUGAAAAAAACUAAUAAACAAAAUAAACAACAAAAGCAAUGUCCCAGUUUACAAACAACAGUCCACAAAGCCACAUUUUCUCGAAGUUGGUGCUGAGUAAAGUUCCAAUUUAAAUUUUUGUCAUUAAUGUUAUAAGGAGUAGUAUUAUUUUUCAAAUAUCAUUUGAUUUAGCCAACAGUAACUUCAUUUACAAGGAGAAUGUGUAUUUGAAAAGUAGAAUAAAUGAAAUGUUACAGUGUAAGUGUUAUACAACAUUCAUGAUUAUUCUUGGUGAUGCUACAUGCCUUCAUCUGAUUGAUUUUAAGAGAAUCUUUGUGGUUCUAUAUUUGUUUUAGGUCUGGCCAAAUGUGCAUAUGCCACUGAUAAUGACACAUUUAUCUCCAUGUUGUACAACAAAGACGGUUAUAAGCCUACAAAACUUCACAUAAAUCUCAACAUGGCAAACAAUGCCAAUUAUCAAUGUCCCUCAUUUGGCCCAAAUUUUGGUGGUGACAAUGACAUCCACAUAAAGUCAAAUGCCAUCAGCAUGGAAGAGUUCUACACUGGUUGUGGUAAUACCUACAGGUACGACACACUUCAGGUUACUUGA